AUGAAGUUUACCGCCGCUGCUGCGCUUCUGGCAACCCUUGCCGCCGCCUCUCCUACCAACAUUCGCAAUGCCAUCGCCAGCCGUGCUGCCACCGAUGCCUGCUCCAUUGGAUACUGCACUCAAAACGGCGGUACUACUGGUGGUGCAGCCGGUGAGACCGUCACCGUCAAGGAUCUCGCCAGCUUAACGAAGUACGCCGAGAGCAAGGACCCUUACACCAUCAUUGUCUCCGGCGCUAUCUCUGGUGCCGCCAAGAUCCGUGUUGGCUCUGACAAGACCAUCUACGGUGAAUCUGGCAGCUCUAUCGAGGGUGUCGGUCUCUACGUUAAGGGUGUUAACAACGUCAUCCUCCGUAACCUGAAGUUGACGAAGGUCCUCGCUGAGAACGGUGACGCUAUUGGUAUCCAAGCCGCCAAGAACGUUUGGGUCGACCACUGCGACCUGUCCUCAGACCUUGACCACGACAAGGACUACUACGACGGUCUCCUGGAUGUCACUCACGCUGCUGAGUGGGUAACCAUCUCUAACACCCACCUGCACGACCACUUCAAGGCCUCCCUGGUCGGCCACUCCGACAGCAACGCGGAUGAGGACACCGGCACCCUGCACGUUACCUACGCCAACAACUACUUCUCCAACAUCAACAGCCGUCAGCCCUCUGUCCGCUUCGGAAACGUCCACAUCAUCAACCAGCUCUGGGAGGGUGCCAAGGGCACCGGUGUCAACACCCGCAUGGGCGCCCAGGUCUUCAUCCAGAGCUCUGCCUUCGUCAACUGCGCCACCAAGGCCGUGGAGUCUGCCGACUCUGACACCACCGGCUACGCUGUCCUUGACGAUGUCGACCUCGGCAGUUCUGAGAACUCGGCCCCCAAGGGUACCCUGUCCGCCAGCUCGUUCCCUUACGACACCAUUAAGGCUCUCGGCUCUGGCUCCAUUGCCAGCACCAUCCCCAAGACCGCUGGUCAGACUCUCUAA